CUAUUUGCCAUUCAAUCCCUUGACCCCCAACCCCGGCGAACACUAUCCACCCACAUGAAGCUAAUCCCGCUCGUUUGAUCUCGGUACCUCCGUCUGCCUUGCAAUUCAGCGCCCGUCCCAUCGUCGAAUUUGCUUCACACCAAUGAUUUGAUCUCGAUCUCCUCCUUACCCUCGAGUCACCCUCUAGUCAUGCCCGCGUCCGAAUCGUGCGAAUGUUCAUAAUACUCGCCAGUCUAUAGGUCCUCCGCCGGUUCUACACACCAUGUCCAUUCUCGUGAGACCUCCGAAGCGAAAAUUAGACGAGCUGGACGGGUUCGAUCCGCAAGAGAGAAGGAUUUCGCGGGGUAGCCAUGCGCAACCCUUUGAGCCGCAACCGUCGCGGUCGCCAGAUACCAUUGCCCGAAGAGCCACCAGCUACGGAAGUGUUGAGUCUCAUCGUUCGUCCGAACAGUUAGAUACGUCGGGGGAUCUGUAUCGCCAUGGCCCGUCGCUGCGGGAGCCGCCGUCCGGUCGGGCGUCGCCGGUAUUCUUUGACGGACCAUUUCAGUCGCAGAAGAAGUUCAUCCCCAAUGCUUCGAUUGUGUUGAUUGGUAUCCGGGGGACCGGGAAAUCCAGCCUGGCUGUCAUUCUGGCCGCGACGUCGGGAAGGCGGUUGAUCGAUGCGGGCCAAUACUUUCAGCAAGCAACCGGUCGCUCGCGCGCCGAAUACAAACGGGACUUUGGCCUCGCCGAGUAUCGCCAGCAAGAAGUCAGGAUCAUGGAGUCGAUGCUGGAGGAACAUAAAGAAGGCUGGGUCAUUGCAUGUGGGCCGGGCUCCAUGGAGCGCAGAGGGCAGAUGCUACUGCGAGAAUAUGCGAAAACCCAUCCGGUCGUUCACAUCAUUCGGGACUUCCAGAGUAUCCAGUCCUAUUUGAAUGCAUGGAACAAAGACAAAGUUCACCGAUUUCUCGAGCUGUCGGGUCCGAUAUAUCGGGCAUGCUCGAACUUCGAAUUCUUUAAUGUCGACGAGAAGGGCUCGGGAGACCCUGUACUGGGGAAAGAUGGCCAUCAGAAUACCCAGUUAGGUCUCGAGUUGGAUCAGCGGUCAGAGACUUUCACGCCGUUCUUGACUCUCAAAAGACUACAGCGCGACUUCCUCCGGUUUAUUGCCUUUGCGAUCGGGGAUGCUACGUAUUUACGCAAACAACACACAUCUUUCCCUCUUUCAAUGAGACCCGUCGAGACACGCAUGUAUAGCUAUGCUGCAGUCGCGCCGCUGUCGUCCUUGCUUGAGCGGAAGUUUGACAUUGAAGAUUUAGAGACCGCCGCGGAUGCGUUCGAAUUGAGAAUAGACGUCACAGACGGCUCGUCCUCCCAGCUGGGAGUAGAUUCCAGCCUUGCGGAUAGGAUCAGCCAAACGGUGGCUACUAUCCGACGAAAUAUCAUUGUCCCCGUGAUCUACCAUGUAGAAAGCAAAACAAAUCCGAAUACAUCUCCUACGCAGCAUAACGAAGCGUCAUGUCGACCGGAUACCGCGUAUCUAAAUCUAGUGCAGCACGGGCUGCGAUUAGCCCCCGGCUUCCUGACGAUCGACCUAUCCUAUGACGAUGGAGUCCUGUCACAAAUAAUUUCCUCAAAAGGCACGAGCAAAGUCAUCGGCCAUUUCGAAGCUCUACAGCGUCCUUCCGAGGGCUGGGAUGACCCCCAAUACCUUGCGUUAUACGAACGAGCGAAGAAGCUCGGUUGCGAUAUGGUGAGGUUGAUACAGCCGGCGGAAUCGAUCGAGGACAACUUUGCCGUUCAGCGCUUUCGACAUCAUGUCAAGUCGAUUCCGGGAGAGCAGACACCUCUCAUCGCCUACAACUCCGGGCCAUUAGGCCGGUUGUCCUGCUGCUUCAAUCCGAUUCUAUCACCCGUGAUCCAUCAAUCGCUAAUGCCAGACGUCCGAGCCAAAAGGCUGCCCUGCAUCACUCUCCGCGAAGCGCAAGAAGCACUUUACUCCUCAUUCGCCCUCGACCCUAUGCAGUUCUUCGUGUUUGGUGCCAACACAACGUACAGUCUGUCUCCCGCCAUGCACAAUGCCGCAUACAAACUAUGCGGUCUCCCGCACCGAUACAACAUCCACCAGUCAUCCUCCCUGCGCGGUCUGAACGACCUCGUUGAAAACCCCCAUUUCGGCGGAACCAGUGUCAGCCUGCCAUACAAAACAGAAGCCAUCCCUCUCCUACACUCCAUGUCACCACACGCCCGCGCCAUUGGCGCCGUCAACACCUUAAUCCCCAUCCGCGGCGACAUUGGCGAUCGAGCCCUCAACUCCGAAGACUGCACCCUCUACAUGGAACGCAGUCGCGCCGGACCCAUCAAAGCCCUGCACGGCGACAACACCGACUGGAUCGGAAUCUGCAACUGCUUCCGCCGCGGCUUGUCGCCCGCCAACGCCAUCCGCCCGUCCUCCACCGGCCUCGUCAUCGGCGCCGGCGGCAUGGCCCGCGCCGCCGUCUACUCCAUGAUCCACCUCGGCGUCCAAAACAUCUUCAUCUACAACCGCACCGCCGCCAACGCCGAACGCCUCGCCUACCACUACAACCGCCAGACCCUCCACACAACCGGCAAGUCCGGCUCUGCCGCCGCCCGCCCAACCUUCCACAUCCUCCACUCCUCCCACGACACCUGGCCAGCCGCCUACAAACAACCCACCGUCAUCUGCUCCUGCAUCCCAGCCCACAGCAUCGGCGGCCAACCCGCCCCCAACACCGAAAUGCCCAUCCAGUGGCUCGAAAGCCCCACCGGCGGUGUAGUCGUUGACCUCGCCUACAAACCCCUCAAUACACCGCUCAUGAAACAGAUCCGCGCCCUCUCGCACCGCGGCUGGGUCGCUCUCGACGGUCUCGACGUCCUCCCCGAGCAGGGCUUCGCUCAAUUCGAGCUCUUCACGGGCCGGCGCGCCCCGCGCCGCGUCAUGCGCACCGUCGUGCUGCAGGAAUACAGAGGCGAGGAGGGCCAGUAUGAUCCGAGGGCGAUCCAGAGUCGACUGGAGAGUUUGGAUGGUCAGCCGACUUGAUUGGGUUGGAGGCGCUGGGUAUUGCGUCUGG